CAAUCUUAGGCAUGUUUGGAGCAGAGAUUCAUCAAGUGCAUGUUCUUCAAAAUCUCAACACACUUAAAGUAAUUUGGUGUUCUGAUUUGAUCAGUUUAUCGACAUCCACGACAUCAUUCAAGAAUCUCACAACUUUGUUUGUAUGGGUUGCCAUAAAAUGGAGAACUUGGUUUCAGUUGCAACAGUCCAAAGCCUGGUGCACGUAAAAAGUAUGACUGUAGGAUAUUGCCACAAGCUAACUGAAAUAGUCAGAACCGAAGGAGAUGGAACACAAGAUCCGAUCAUUUUCAGCAGUUUGAGAUAUUUGAAACUUGUAGGUUUGAUAAGACUAGCAUGUCUCUGUUCUGGGAAUUUCACCUUCGAUUUCCCAUAUCUGGAGGAACUAAUUGUAGAAAACUACCCUAAAUUGGAGAUCUUCUCUAAGACUCCAAAAACACCACGGUUGGUGCAAGUACAGGGAGGGAAAUUGUGGAAAUUGGAAGGUGACCUCAAUGCCACCAUCAAAAGAAUGUAUACGGUAAAGGUCGGAUUUAUUGGUUUGAUGAAUUUGAGUCUCUCCGAGUUUCCUGAACUGAUUCAAAAUUGGCAUACUAAGAGUCUUCAAAUCUUAGAUUUUAGAGACCUUCUUCGACUCGACAUUUGUAAUUGCAACAGCUUGGGAUACCUGUUGACCCUAUCUAUGGUCAGAAGCCUUGUGCAACCUGAUCAUUUGGAGGUAAAACACAGCACAAGAAUGGAUGCAGUGAUAAUGGAAGAAGGAUCAGAAAAUAAGAUCAUACUCCCUUACUUGAGCCAGAUUAUUCUGGAGUCUUGUUCAGACUUGACAAGUUUCUAUGUGGGUAGUUGCACAUUCCAGUGCGAAUUGUUAACAAGAUUUGAAGUACUCAACUGUCCAAAAAUGGCUACAUUUGCUUCGACAUUCCCUAGAAAGCUAGAGAAAGAGGACCCUCAAGCGUUUUUCAGCAACAAGGUAAUUAGUUUCUUAAUGAAGACUUUUUGUUCUAAAUUUAAGCAGCUUUAAAGUUUUGCAUAAAGGUAAAUGACAAAUUACCCUCUCAUUGCUGACAAAGUUAAAGAUUAAAGGUGCUACAGUUCA